AUGGCAACCGGUGAGAGGCGAUCAAGUCUCAGGUUGCUCAAGACAUCUUUGAUUCUGGACCAAGGCGACACACUCCCGACUCGCCAUGGAGACUGUCUUAGACUGUGUACCUACAACGCGAGAACAGUGUUUACAGACGCUGACCUGCAUGGCCUUCUCGGAGCUGCAGAGCGUAUCACAUUUCACGUGAUUGCUCUGCAGGAGACGGAGUGCAGAAGAAGCGACGUACGACGACGGAUGAAUGACGUACACUCGUCAUUCGUGGAGAGAAGGUUCCGUCGCGAAAUGUAG